CGGCGACUCACUCUUCGCUGAUCUUCUGGCCGAUCAAACGGUGCAACGGACGUGUCUCCGCGCAAACGUGCGAGCGAACGAGCGGCGGUUUCGAGGAAAGAAAAAUCGAUCAAGUGAAGGAAAACGGUCUACCAAGUGUCUUUGUGAACGGUGCAGGAUUGUUAGUGCAUCCACGAAUUAAUUCGAAAUCAACGUCGUGACGUGCAGUGAACAGUGAAAAAAUUGUUGAAAGAGACGAAAAGUGCGAGUGCCGGAGUCAGCGGACACGAUGUCAACGAACGACCCGUGGAGUGGGUGCUGCUUGCCACAGCUUGACCCUUCCCCGGGGCAUCGCCAUUUGUCACCAAACACGCGACGACGACGACGACAACGACAACAGUGGUCAUCGUCGUCUCUCCAAGCCAUGCUGCUACUGGCUGUGUUCGCCCUGACAGCUCUGCUACCCAGCGGCGCGUGUCAACCAAGAAGCCAGCAAGACGAACCACUCCUCUACGAUGCAUUCUACGAGGGACCGGCGAACAGGUUUGGCUCCAGUGCCUGGCCGGAUGGCAGAUCUUCCGCACAGUCGUUACCGAGCAGCAGCACCACCAGCAAUCGGACCGGGCAACCGCAACAUAUGAGGCCACCAUCGGUGGUCACGUCGGUCACAGGUAGGGCCACCUCGGUACGCCGUGCCAUUCGACCGUACCGCGUGCACCACGAUCGUUCCGGGGUUGUUCGCACGGGGCGCAAUACUUUCGGCUACACAGUUACCAAUCCAUCGCUCGCGGGUUCCACCGGUGCCGUGACACGGCCACAUCGAAGCAAAUCGAUCGAUCGACCGUCGUCGUCCCAGCAGCAGGUGAACCAGCGCGUGUACGAGAAUGUGCAGACCGGUACGAUCAUACUGCCGGUCGGUGGUCGAGCGUUUCUGGAACCGGAUCACAACAGAACGAUACCGGUGCCGGCACGCCAAGAUGCGGGGGGCUACCGUACCCGCAUGGGUCCCAAUGGACGCAAACGGCCCGCCCGCCCCCAACUGCAGCAGCAGCAUCAGGGUGGUGGUGGCCACCACGGUAUGAAGCAGCACUCCCAGGCACACGGACGACGCCACGGCAUCCAGCAUCAGCAAAAGUUCACCGUUAUCGAUGGGCUGUGCAUCAAGUGUCCACCGGAGAAGACAGCGAUCGCCCGGAAAGGGCUCGACGGUGUACUGAUCGAGCCACCCCUGUUGACCACGUGCCGCGAUCGGCCCAUCUCGAAGGAUCUGUACGAGCUGGAGACACUGUUCGGUCCGAAGCUGAACUUUGUGCUGCCCCAUUCGAACGGUGCUCCGUACAGUUUCCUGGCGAAGGUGAUUAGCAAGCAUACCGGUGCGGCCGUGCAGACGUGCGAGAUGCGUUAUACCGUGGUGGUGAAGCAGUGUCGUCGCUACAAACCGAAGAACCGCGAUCUGAAGGUGAUCUGCAAUCUCGGCAAUAUCUGGGGCUCACGGUGUACGUUCCAUUGCCGCAACGGUGGUUAUCUGAGCCGACCGAAUUCGUUCGUGGAGUGCAGCGAGGACGAAAUCUGGGAGGGUGAAGAACCGUACUGCACGUUCAAUGAUGUAUCGGAUGACUACGCCGCGGAUGCCAGCGAUGGACACACCCUCUCCGGAACCGACUGUCAGCUCGAUAUUCCACCAUCGAAUGGACGGUUUGCGUGCGAUCUGAAGGACUCCGACAGCGGGGGCGACGGCGAGCUAACGAUCCCGAAUGGAACCGCGUGUCAGGUGAAGUGCGACGAGGGCCAUGACAUCCCGGAGCAUCUUCAGCCGGCCGCUUUCUUCGGUUGCGUGGAUGGCCAGUGGAACAACACGAUGCGCCCGUUCUGCUACAAAUCAUCGACGAUCAACGUCGGCGGAAACAACCAGCGCCGCCGGGGAUACGGUUAACCGUGUUCGAAUCUCGAGUGCCUAUUGGAAGGCACUAGACUUAGGCUCUAAGUAGUGUAGGUAUGCCGCCGGUUUGUUUCAUAGAAGCAUCCUGCAACAACGCGAAACGACUAUAGAUUAGAAGGAAGUUUGACCGAAGAAGUGCGUUGGAGGAAGUGGUGCGUUAUUAGGAAUGUAUUAGCUUAAAUUACCUCUUAGCGGUAGGAGAGCUCAGUAGAAUCGUCAUUGGACGGUGAGUGUGAAGGAAUGUGUGUGCCUUACCAGACCAGGCAGGUUGAAAACGAAUCGACACACUCUCACAAUGUACUUAACCUUGAUCGCCCACGGAUGGUUCGACUCGAGUGGGUGCGAGUAUGCUUAUCAAUGUGCUUAUUAAAAUGCAACGCGGCUUUCGGCAGGAUCCACGAGAUGAGAUUUAGAGCCAGUAUUGGGCAGUGCGUGUCGCGGUAUUCGGGGUCUUUUGUGACAAACAGUAAAAAAAACACUUUAGGUAGAUUAGGAAGAAAGGGCAGUCAAUAUGAUUGAUCCUUACUGUAACUUAAAAUUGCUGUGCCAAAAAACGAGGAAAGCAUCAUUACUGUUCCUUAUACAUUGCCCGUUCGUCUAUCUAUGUUUUCUUAUGUUUUGGCCCUUUUUUUUGCAGCUUUUUUCGAACUUAACAAUCUAGGUGAGGUAGCGGCAUACACGGUACUCCUCGUUUAGUACCCCUCCUCUGAGACAGUCUGACACGGAGUGAACGGUGACUGUGAAUGCGCAGCGUGGCGCGACGGUAGCUCAUGCUGAUUAUGCUCUAAACCAGGGGUCUCAAACUCAUAUAGGCACGCGGGCCGCAGAGCACAGUAUCAGCAAAGCAGCGGGCCGCAGUUUAAGGAAUCCGAGAGUCCGCGGGCCGCACCUUUAUGUGGUGAAUGUUAAAAUGUUGAGAAUUUUUUCUUUAUUCAAUUUUUCGAACGUUAUUGUCAUUGUAGAUGUAAGACAAAUCUUUAAUUCCAACAUGCGCAUAAAAAAAAUGACAAAUUUGACAUACAAUGACAUACAAUUAACGACCAUAAACAUCUAAAAUUUAUUCCGCGGAUGUGGCCGCGGGCCGCACAAAAUAGUUUGGCGGGCCACAUGCGGCCCGCGGGCCGCGAGUUUGAGACCACUGCUCUAAACGCUGUUACUUGUAAUACAAAGAAUGAAAAAAUAAUAAGAAAAUACACCGGAUAACAAGUUGUUUAACAAACAA